AUGAUGCCUGUCUGUGCAUUUGGAGGGUCUCAGGUCUGGAGAGGCCUUCGGUGUGCAUUUGGGGUUUCGAUUGUGGUCGGCUUCGUGUUCCUCUCAUGCAGGGGGGAGACCUCGGCGAAAGAGCCUGUGACGUGUCCGCCAACGACAAAUUUUCUUCCGGUGUGGACAGUGGAAGGCAUCCCUUUCUUUUUCAAAUGCCCGGAAGGUUCAUCUUUGUUUCCAACUGCGUCAGAUGGGAAGUUUAAAACCUUCUGUCGGAAUUCGUCCUGUACAAAUCAAGCGGAGUUGGACACUGUGUAUACUACUCUUCAAGAGGCGGCAGCUGGAGACGAACGAGUAGUGCCCGCGCCAGCGGGAGCACAAACAAAGGUGUACGAGCUCGAAGUACAUACAGAGCCAGAGUUUCCAACAACCCUUUAUUUCCUUUGCAAGUCAACACAGGACAGGGCGACCGAAUCUCUUGCUACAACAGAGGCAAGAAGCACUUCUGACACUAUGGAAUCAACUUGCACGUUUCAGGUGGCUGUUUUCAGUAGAAAACCCCUGUCCGACGCCGCAUCAGAAAAGGUGUGUGAGUUCGGCAACACCAUGAAGAUCACCCUCAACCCGAAAUCAAACAAGGUCACGUUUCGAUGCGGUGACACCGGAGUCGUGUGGCCAUUGAAUUUCGAGAAUGCGUUCAAAGGCGAAGCAUGUACAGAAGAAGUAAGUCUUGCCAGUCUCGGUUUGGGUGCGUUUCGCGUAGAGGGGGAAUCAUCCGAUGAGACAGCAAAGGCUCCCGCCUAUACUUUGGAGGUCUCCGAGUUUCCAACAGGCACUGGCCCCGUCCAGCUGUGCUACAAGUAUACCAAGCCACCUGAGCAAGAGAUCGAACAGAAAUCGGAGUCAGAUGUCUGUAAAGUGCUAAUCAAUGUGGCUCCCAAGUCCGAGACAGAAGAUGGUAAACCAGGUGAUGACAGGCCUCCCACAAGCGGUGACCAACCUUCGACUGGCGAUACCAUAGGUCUUGCAACUCACAGUUUAAUUAUUGCCUGCGGCACCUUCCUCUCCUGUGCCGUCGCAAUUAAGCACGCCCUGUGA